GUGAAAAACAGCUGUUUUAUGGUUUUGGCGCUGUUUUGCAAAUGUAUUGCCAUUUGUGUUGAUUUGGUGGACGACUACAGCACUGCAGACAUGACUGAAAUGAAAAGACAACAUUUCAAUGAGUUUAUCAUCAAAUACCGAAAUCUGCGGCGAAUAUAUGGCAUGGAUUUGCGAUCCAUUUUGGAUCACUUGAUCCAAUGGUAUGGAAGCGAUGGUGCAGAGGAGGGCGAGAAGAUGUGUGCGAAGUGGAGGGAGAGUGUGGUCUACAGUCUCAUUGCAUAUGAGUUCAAGUGUGAGAUCAAGCAAUUGGUGCCCAAAUUCAUACCAAAUUUGGAUUCACUUUUACACCAUUACUACAAACGCGACAAAAGUUUGAUUGCUUUGUGCGAAGACAAUCACAUGAGUUAUGCCAUCGCGUGUCAACACAUUCUUCAACACCACAACAAUUAUGAUAAAAAUCUGUGCAAAACGUUGUCCACUAAUACCAGUCUUAUAAGUGAUGGCAGACUUGCUUUCGAUGUAAUGCUGUGUAACGUAAAUGACAUUAUUUUCGGCAAUCAUUGCAAUCACAUGACAAACAAUACGGGGAUUGUCUUCGAGUCGGAGGUGAGUCACCACCUGAACCGACACGACGUCUCAUAUAUGAGUGAAUCCCAGUUGAGGACAGACAGCUUCGACGUGACGCCAGAUUUCAAACUCAAUUUACCGCUUAUUGUCAAGAUUUCCAAAACCAAUAGUUCGGACAUCUGUUUGAUUAAAACAAACCAUUAUUUUGACCAAAAGUUGCCGCAACUGAUGGAAACUAGUGAUGAGAGUGACUAUGAGAUUGUGGUCAUCAAUUGGAUUGAAUGCAAAUCAAUGUUCGCGUCCGAGUUGUGUCACUCCAAGUAUUAUCGCAACCAAUACUCGUCGUAUAUAAACCGCUUUGGAAAUGGACUCGUUUUAUAUAAGUAUGGAUUUGUCAAUCAUAUCAGACAACAGUUCAAACACAAUAUUAUAGUCAGCCAUCGGUUGCCUCCUAUCCUUCAGAGCCAUUGAUUGCUGGUGUCAUCCAUUCAUACCUUACAAUAUGAAUGAUUAUAAAAAGAG